UCUCCCUUAGCCAAUGGAAGGAAAAAAAAUCAAGUUAGAGACCACUAAUACUGCAGAAAUGGAGCGCCCAAAGCAACCCUCUGGCAACCCUAGUUAUGUGCCGAUCAAAGUAAAAUCUGAAAUGUUGCCUCUCGAGGACUACAAGAAAUUGAUGGAUAUGAAGGCUUCUUCUUCACUACUGAACGACUACAUCAAGUCAAAAUCUAGAGUACCACUCCCCAACAACUUGGACAAGGAGGCCAAUCAGAGCUACUCUGCAAACAUGAAGACCGGAAUAAAGAGGACCUAUGAAGAACAUCGUGAUAUCUAUAGCUUGAACAAGACCUACUGCUGCUACAAGCCUAGCACCAAUUACGUCAGUGACUUGGAUGGCCUUGCUCCAUCCAAGUCCAGGAAGGCUACUGAACCUCCAAACUAUCUUGUUGCCGUGGGAUGCAGGGCCUGCUACGUUUACAGGAUGGUCGCAAAGGGGACCAAGGAAUGCCCAAAGUGCCGUGGAGAGUUGAUUCAUUUUGACAAGGGCAAAUCUCCUGAGAAAUGCCCUGCCAACAAUAUGGGUUGAAGGGUUUAUAGUUCAGAAACCUGUUUAAUAAUGGUAUUUUCCUCAUGGGAUUUUACCUAGUUUGUCAUCAUCUUAUGUGAUAAAGCCUCCAUGGGUGGCGAGGAAACUUGUGGUAGUCCUACAAAGGACUUCAGUAUUGAUGUUUAAUAAUUAAACAGGAUCUGGUGUUGAAGUUGCUCAUAAUAUGGUCAAUUUACAAGCUAAGGUGUUCAGGAGUACAAAUAUUUAGGAUAUUUUAAUCAAGAA